CGGUGGUAGGUACAGGUGGCAUACAAAACUUCGCCUAGAUAAUACAGUCACUUCAUACUGGUCGUCCUUUCCUUUGCUUACCAGCCUUACCUUCUCUUGAACGAAUUCACUUUCGCUGCCUGCGCGACACAUUUCACCUCAACAUCGCACGACGUGAAAUAUUACAAACGCACUCUAAAUUCAUGUCGACUCCUGCGCUCUUUAUCUAAUUUCAUCUCGCCGUUCGACAUGGCUUCGCAAGCCGAGUCAUCCACUGCCAUCAAAGCCGAAUCGAGUCCCUCACCCGAAGCACCCCUCCAUAAUGUCAAACUUCAUCGAGAAGAGACAGACACCAUCGCAGAAGCUGCAGCUGCUAUCGCAGACGAAACCUUCGAAGAAGAAGUCAAGGAUGAAGUCACUACACCGAUCGACGAAGCUGCGGCCCUCGCUGGCUUGACGGAAGAUGUUCGUGAUCAGGAUGACUUGGAGCGGGACAUUACCAACCAAGCCAAUCAAGUUAUGAUUGAGCAAGAGGACGAGCGAGACCAGAAGCGGAUCGAGAAGGUUCAAAGUAGCAUCGACAAGCUCGAGGCAGAAAGACAACGUCAACGGCGAAAGCUCGAUACCCUCAACAACAAUGCUAUGUUGCGCAAACGAUGCAUGGACGAGAUUGCGAGAAUUGCUGCCAACGUCGCCGCAAAUAAGCAAGAUAUUGAGGAUAUUCGGGGUCGUAUUGAUGCCAGGCAUCAAUAUGAUGGGAUAGAUGGAGAGCCGGAUGCGGCGGGUGGCAAUAAGAGAAUGCCAAAUGAGAGUCAGAGAGACUUCUUGAUCCGAACCGGAAAAAUUACUCCUUUCUCUCGUAUGCAAGGCAGAGGACCUGCGGAGUUGAACGAUGAUCUUAUAGGAGCUCUAGCAGAAGCUGAGGAGGAAGCUGAAGUAGCAGAAGAGCAAAUUGCAGAGUCGUCAGAGCCAAGAUCACAUCAAAAUCUGCGGUUACCAGGCUUUGCAGAUGCUGUCGGCACUCAUGAAGAUGUUGCAGCUGGCGAAUUUGGCCUUCGACCUCGGAAGAAGAGAAGACUAGGAGAUGGCUCUGCUACAUCAGCGCCACAAACUCGCGGAUCGCCAGCAUCUGAAGAAGACUUCACCCCAGGCAUGUCUGAGGCCGAUGACGAUGAUCUUGCUGGAGAUGACGAGGAUGAAGAUGAUCAAAUCAUGGCUAAGAGCACCACCAGAAAAUCAUCUAAGGGGAAGGGGAAGAGAAACGUCGACGAGACCGAGGACAAGGUCGACCUUGCUGGUAUCGAUGAUGGUAAUGAGUCUAUGUACCAGGCUCGAUUGCAGAAAUGGGUUGACAGUCGAAGUGCAGCUAGACGGAGAGGGUCUCAACAGGACGAAGGUAGCGAAGAUGAGGAUGCUGCUGACAGUAACGAUGAGAAGGAAUGGUUCAAGCCCUGUCCUGGAGCGCCUGACCACAAUUUUGACAACGGCCUCAAGCUUCCAGGCGAUAUCUUCCCUGCACUAUUCGACUAUCAGAAGACUGGCGUUCAAUGGCUUGGAGAAUUGUACGCUCAACAAGUCGGUGGCAUCAUUGGCGAUGAGAUGGGCCUUGGAAAGACUAUACAAAUUAUCUCAUUCUUAGCUGGCCUUCAUUACAGCAAGAAGCUCACUAAGCCAAUCAUCGUUGUCGCUCCUGCUACAGUGCUUCGUCAAUGGGUCAACGAAUUCCACCGAUGGUGGCCACCUCUUCGAGUCUCAAUCUUGCACAGCUCGGGUAGUGGUAUGCUUAAUAUCAGCAAUGAGGAACGUAUGGAAGAGGUCGAGGACUACUAUGGCCGAGGAGAGAAGCUGUCGAAGUCGUCCAAGGCUGCUAAGAAGAUUGUUGACAAAGUCGUUAGACAUGGUCACGUUCUAGUCACAACCUACGCCGGUCUUCAGACUUAUGCAGAUGUUCUCAUUCCAGUCGAUUGGGACUACGCUGUUCUUGACGAAGGACACAAGAUUAGAAAUCCCAACACGGCCAUCACCAUCCACUGCAAGGAACUUCGAACUCCCAAUCGAGUCAUUCUUUCUGGCACGCCUAUGCAAAAUAAUUUGGUCGAGCUUUGGUCUUUGUUCGACUUCGUCUUUCCCAUGCGCCUCGGCACUCUCGUCAACUUCCGACAGUCGUUUGAGGUUCCUAUAAAGAUUGGUGGUUAUGCAAAUGCAACCAACCUACAAGUUCUGACUGCUACCAAGUGUGCAGAGACUCUCAAAGAGGCCAUCAGUCCAUAUCUACUGCAGAGAUUGAAGGUCGACGUAGCCUCUGAUUUACCAAAGAAGAGUGAACAGGUUCUAUUCUGCAAGCUCACGAGACCACAGAGAGAGGCCUAUGAGUUGUUCCUUGCUUCGGACGACAUGACUUCAAUUAUGAAUCGUACUCGCCAAUCACUAUACGGUAUCGAUAUCCUCCGCAAGAUCUGCAACCAUCCUGAUCUUCUUGAUCCCCGAUUGAGAGGCAAGCCUGGCUAUAAAUGGGGAAACCCUAACAAGUCUGGCAAGAUGCAAGUCGUGAAGGCUCUACUGGAAAUGUGGAAGCGCUUUGGGCACAAGACAUUGCUUUUCAGUCAAGGUGUUCAAAUGCUGAACAUUAUCGAGGAGUUUGUGAAAAGUCUUUCAGGCUUCAACUAUCUUCGAAUGGAUGGUGGUACGAACAUCAAGGAUAGACAGACUCUGGUCGACCGCUUCAACAAAGAUCCUGACCUUCAUGUCUUCUUACUCACUACGAAAGUUGGCGGUCUUGGUGUCAAUCUCACAGGUGCGAAUCGGGUUAUCAUCUUUGAUCCUGAUUGGAAUCCCUCGACUGAUGUUCAAGCUCGGGAGCGUGCCUGGCGUCUCGGUCAAAAGAAAGAGGUCACGAUCUACAGACUGAUGACUGCAGGCACAAUCGAGGAGAAGAUCUAUCAUCGUCAAAUUUUCAAGCAAUUCCUUACCAACAAGAUCUUGAAGGAUCCAAAGCAGCGUCAAAUAUUUCAGAUGAAAGAUCUUUACGAUUUGUUCACUUUGGGCAGUACAGAAGAAGGCACUACGGAGACAGGCGAGAUGUUUAAGGGUACGGAGGUUCAAUUUAACACGGCCCCUAAACCAGCUGCGAUUGAGGAUAACGUCGCUGUCCAGGCUGCCGGUUCAGCAUCUGCUGUCCAGAACGACAUCGUCUCUCAAGACAUCGUCCAGAAUGCAGGCUCUCCUGCGUCGCCACAGGGAGAUGCAGACGCAGAAGUUCGCAAUCUCACUGGUGUUGCAAGUCUCGAAGCUUUUCAAGGCAGUGAGGAUGAAAAGCCACCUUCUGACGAAGCCAGACUUAUGGAAGGUAUCUUCGCCAAGUCUGGAGUUCACAGUGCUCUUGAACAUGAUCAAAUUAUUAACGGCAAGAAGAAAUACGCUCCGGACCGCAAAAUGAUCGAAUCCGAAGCCAAGAAGAUUGCAGCUGAAGCCGCAGCAGCACUUCGCAAAGCAGGAGACGCAGCACGAAGCAUUGCUCCUGGCACUGUCACCUGGACUGGUGAGUUCGGCUCUUCGGGUCGCCCAACGAAUAUUAGACGCGGAGCAGGACCCAGCUCUGCAAGCGUCCUUGCCGGUCUCGCCGACAGACAAGGCAUCACAAAUUCCGCGAGCGGCAGUAGUUCUCGUUCCGGCACGCCUGCAGCUACAGAACGUCCAGCGGCUGGUAAGGACUGGAUCAAGCUAAUCCGCGAGUACAUCAAGCGCCAAGGUGGUUCUUGCCCCAGUCAAGCUCUGGUCAAUCACUUUGGUCGAAUGUGUACCACUGCCGCUCACAGUGCUCAAUUCAAGCACAUGCUUGUAGAAAUUGCAGUCCUUGAAAAGGGACGCAAUUCUCGAAUGAGAGGUAAAUGGGUUCUGAAAGAUGAAUUCAAGUAGAUAAUUGGGCUUCCGAAGAGCUUCGGACACAAUAGUUCUUACGAGGGCGCAUAUUGCAUUCUGAUUUUAUAUUUAGCGAAGGCGUAUCGAGGGUUUAGGCUUCAUGAUACUAAAAAUGCUGCAGAUAUGGGAUGAGGACAUAGAAAU